GGAAGAGAAAGCUCUGUGUGUGUGUGUGUGUGUGUGUGUGUGUGUGUAUGUGUGUGUGUGUGUGUGUGCAGUCAUGGACUUGCGCUCGGAGCUGCUCAAGUCCAUCUGGUUCGCUUUCACUGCGCUGGACGUAGAGAAGAGUGGCAAAGUGUCCAAGUCCCAGCUGAAGGUUCUGUCUCAUAAUCUGUGUACAGUGUUGUGUAUCCCUCACGACCCGGCCGCUCUGGAGGAACAUUUCCGUGAUGAUGAUGAUGGACCGGUCUCCAGUCAGGGCUACAUGCCGUACCUCAACAAAUACAUCCUCGAUAAGGUGGAAGAGGGCAGGUUUGUGAAGGAGAACGUGGACGAGCUCUGCUGGACCCUCACAGCCAAGAAGAACUACAGGCCAGUGGGGGACAGCAUCCUGCCUCCGAAAGAUGCCUUCCGACUCUGGUGUCUCUUCAUCUUCCUCUCGGAGGACAAAUAUCCGCUGGUGAUGAUCCAUGAUGAGGUGGAGUACCUGCUGAAGAAGCUGUGCAUGGCCAUGAAUGUGGAGCUGAACUGCGUGGAGCUGGAGGACUUUAUUUCCCAGGAUUCUAUUCAGCAGAAUGGUUUCAGUGUGUGGGCAUUCCUGCAGAUGAUGAACUCUGGGAAGCUCACCAGAGGACUUACCAAGGAAACCAUCAGCAUGGCCAUCGAGGAAGUGUAUCGAGAGAUAGUAGGGGAUGUCCUGAAGGAGGGCUACCUGUGGAAGAAGGGUCAGUUGAGGAGGAACUGGAUGGAGCGCUGGUUCACCCUCAAGCCAAGCUCUCUGGACUACUACGUCAGUGAAGACCGCAAAGAGCGCAAAGGCAGCAUCACACUGGACAACAACUGCUGUGUAGAGGUUCUACCUGACAGAGAUGGGAAGAGGUGUAUGUUCUGCCUGAAGACGAUCUCCAAGACAUUCGAGCUCAGCGCCUCGGACACCAAACAGCGCCAGGAGUGGACAACAGCGAUCCAGACAGCGAUCCGGCUACAUGCAGAGGGGAAGUGCUCCCUGCACAAGGAGCUGAAGAUGAAGAGGAGGGAGCAGCGAGAACGCAGGGAGAGGAGGAGGGAGGAGAAGGAGCAGGAGCUGCAGCACCUCCAUCUGCUGCAGGAGGAACGCGAGCGCAAGAGCGCUGAGCUGGAGCUGCUGAAGGAGGCGCAGAAACAGGCGCAGCUCCUGCUAGAACAAGAGGAGAAGCGGAGACGAGAACAACACGAGCAGCUCCAACAAGCACUGGAGCUCCAGCUGAAGGAGGCGCAGGAGGCACGUGUGUUUAUGCAGGCUGAGAUGGCUCUGAAGGAGGAAGAGGCGGAACGUCAGAGGAGGCGGAUCCAAGAGCUGGAGGAUAUGCAGCAAAGAUUAGAGGAGGCUCUGAGACAGGAGAUCAAAGCGAGACAGGAUGAGGAGCAGCACCGAUACAAACAAGCCAGGUUGCUGGAUGAGGAGGAGGAUAAGAUGAAGGCCCUGAUGGCUCUGCAGGAGGAGCAGGAGGAGUUCAUUCAGCGGGAGCAGAAGGAGAAGCAGGAGCUCAAGCAGGAGAUGGAGAACAAAACACGAGCGCUGGAGGAGGCGCAGAAACAGCUGGAAGAGAUCAGAGCUAACAGACACCGAGUGGACCAGGACGUGGUGGCUGCCCAGAGGAAGCUCCGGCAAGCGAGCACUAAUGUCAAACACUGGAACGUUCAGAUGAACAGACUGAUGCACCCGAUUGGACCAGGAGGUAGUGAGAAGCGAGCGUCGGCAGGAGGCUACUCCAGUUUCCGAAUCCCGCCGCAGAAGGAUCCGGCGCUGAGGCUCAGGAGGACCAGCAGCGAACAGGACGAGGAGGGCAAAGAGAACGCCGCGGAGAACCGGCUCUCGAAGGCCUCCAAUGGAACCAUGGACACACACUGAGGGGCAAAACCACAUCCACACCUUCGUUCGGAAUCGGUGCUGGACUGAUGAGAGAGAGAGAGAGAGAGAGAGAGAGAGAGCACUACUGAAAUCACUUCAGCAGUGUAAAUCUCCUGAAAAACCCCACAGACUCACAGUGAUUUACCUCAAAACUUUAUGCUUUCAUUAACUGGAUCGAAUCAUACCGCUACUAAUUAAGCACAUGGAAAAUAUUAAGUGUGCAGUUUUUUUGUCCUGAAUUUUCUCCUCGUAAUUGUAAACAUGAUGUACACAGACGUGCGACACCUCAUAGGAACCGAGAACCGAAGGCCUCUGCGUAAUUCCGCUAGAUGCUAAUCUCAUCAUCCUCAUGCCUCAGUCUCUUUUUGUAAAUAUGAAACAAAAUAAAAGCAGUUUUUCCUGUAUGUAUGAGCGAGAGGUCGCACAGCGCCACCUGCAGUACCGGAGCACUCGCACCACUGUAGAUUCAGUAGAUAAGCUGAUCUUCCAUCUUCAUGUAAAUCUCUCAGACCUUACUGAGUACGCUGAGGCCUUACGCAAGCUUGUAAACGUCGCUAACCAUUAUUCUGUAUUCCACAGUAUGGUUUUUUUCUUUUAUUGCUUCAUCUGCAUGUAAAGUCCAAGUGUACAAUAAAUCAUCAUGACACAAA